AAAAGAUAAAAUUGGUCUAACAGAAACCACAACAACUGCUCACAACUGCACAGACUAUGACUCUGAUUGUGAGAGCACAGGCGAUGGGGAGUGGGACGAAGCAAUAGGAUAGUGAUAAAUUGGUCACAGUGAUUGUUUUGUUUACGUUUUGAAAACUGAGACGUCUGCUGGCUGUCUGCAUGAAGUUGACAUCAGAGAAGCAAGAGAGCUGCACAACUGCAGGCAGGCGGGCUGGAGAACAUGGAGAAGCUAAGGUUAAACGACACGUGGGUUAAAUUCCCUUUUGUACCUUAUCCUGCCCAGGAGAAUUUUAUCUCCAAACUUCUAGAGAGUUUAAAGGCUGGGAAAAGUGCUUUGUUAGAAUCUCCAACUGGAACAGGCAAAACUUUAUGCUUAUUAUGUGGCUCAUUAGCAUGGCUCGAUUUAGAGAAAAAGUACCAGGAGGUUCCCGAUCUUCGACUGAUCAAUGAGAGUGAUCCUACAUCUGAUAAUAAAAUAUCACUUGAAGAAAUGACUAAAUCAGAUUUAAAAUCUUUCAAAACCUACAGAAUAUACUUCUGUUCAAGGACCCACUCGCAGAUAAGACAAGCUAUUCAUGAAUUUGAUAACACUGGCUACCAGCAUCUACGUAGUACAGUGUUAGCAUCCCGCAGGCAUCUUUGUAUUCACCCAUCUGCCAAAAAAGCUGGAGACAAUCUGGACAACAAAUGCAGGGAACUCCGUAAACCUAAUUACUGUUCAAACCCAGUACCUGAAGUGAUUCCUGACAUCGAAGAUUCAGGAAGACAAUGUGGAAAAUGUAAAGCCGAGCACACUUGCCCAUUUUACAAGAAUUUUGAAAAAAUGAAGGAAGAGAAAACUGAUGUUCUCUUUACCAUGGCUGGUGCAUUUGACCAAAAAAGCCUUAUCGAAAAGUGCAAAAAAUAUAGAGUGUGUCCAUUUUACAUGUCACGCCAUCUCAAGGAGCACGCUGACAUAAUAUUUUUGCCAUACUCUUAUAUUUUCAACCCUCAUAUCUUGAGAGGACUUAAACUUGAUUUAAAUAAUGCUAUAGUUAUUAUUGACGAGGGGCAUAAUAUUGAGAGAGUGUGUGAAGCAAAUGCGUCAUUUGAUAUGACAAUUGUGGAUGUUGAAAACUGUCAAGGAGAGUUGGAAACUUACAGCUGGAUGUUGGAGAGCAAUGAGGUUGAUGACAAGCUGCUUGAACUAUUACCUGGAGAGAAGUCGGUUCGUGAACUUGACAAAAUUAUGUUUAAACUUAGACGCAGUCUCGAGUCUAUGGAAGCUGGCACUGCCAAAACUGGGCAGUUUUGUUUCACAAUGUUUUCUGAAGCUGGUUUCACUAAAACAGAAUGGCAAAGACAGUAUCAAAAUCUUAGGGAUAUUGCACAAUUUUGUGCUGGAAACAAAUUAAAAAUUGAUGGCCUGAGGAAGAUGCAGAAUGUAGUAUACAAUGUCUUUUUCUUAGACGCUGAUGAUUGUGGAAGCUCUCAAGAAUUAAUACUAGAAAAAAGCUUCCAGUUUUUCAAAGAGAAGCUCACUCCUGAAGAUGAAGAGAAAAAGAAGGUACCAACAUUUUCUUUCUGGUGCUUUGAUGCUGGUGUCAUUAUGAGAUUCUUACAGAAAAGAGGAGUUCAUUCAUUCAUUGUAACAAGUGGGACAUUGUCACCUCUCCCACCAUUGACGAGGAGUUUAGGUAUUCCUUUUGAAAUUGAGCUUCAAAAUGACCAUGUCAUCAGAAAGCCCCAGGUUCUUGCUCUGUCUAUUGGUGGGGUCGAAGGUGUUCCCCUCAGAGCCAGCUAUAUAAACAGAAAGAACAAUGGCGAGACUUUGUAUCCAGCUUUCGGAAAAUUAGUGUUAAAGGUUGCUAAUUUUUCUCCUAAGGGCCUUCUUAUUUUCUUUACAUCUGGUGAGGCAAAAUUAGAAUGUAUUGAAAGCUGGCGAAACAGUCCUUAUCAACCUGGUACCUCUUUAUUUGAUGCAAUUGAUAAGAUCAAGCCCAUUUACCAAGAACCAAAAGAUGCAUCAAAGUUGCCAGGACUUCAGAACUCGUUUAGUCAGAAAAUUGAAGACCCUGGAAGCAAUGGAGCUUGUAUGAUUGGUGUGCUGCGGGGAAAGGUGAGUGAGGGGCUUGAUUUCAAGGAUGACCUUGGAAGAGCUGUCAUAAUUUUUGGUGUUCCGUUUCUAAGUAGUGAUGAUCAGAAUAUAAAACAUAAAGAGAUCCACAUCACUCGUAAGGAUGGUGAAAGUGCUAGUAAUGAAUGGUACAGGUCUGAAGCAGUCAGACCAGUAAAUCAAGCUUUGGGUCGCAUUAUCCGACACCAGGGGGAUUACGGAGUGGUUGUGCUGGCAGAUGUCAGAUAUACGGAUGCCCAAACCAGUCACUACAGAUACAAUGUAAAUCCAGAUCUACCUGGCUGGCUGAAGGAAUCAAAGCAAGUAGUUAGUUUCUCCCAAAUUGGUAGUUACUUGGGUGACUUUUUUGAAGCUAUUCCUUCAAAGAUGAAGGAUAUUAAAAUUCAAACUGAACUGGAACAAGAAAAAAUAAGAGAGAAACAUAAGAAUGAAAUGGAAAAGGAAGAGUACUCUUCAAACAGUUUUCAUGCGCUUGCUAGUUUGAUUGCUGUUGAGAAAGAAAAAAGUAAAACAUUAUGUUCAGAAUUAUUAAAUCUAAGGCAUAAACUAGAAGAAGCUGGUGCCAAAACUAAUGAGUUACGUGCAGAUAUUGCAAAGGUAAAAGCUCAGUUAGGUUUGAAGGAAAGUACAAAUACUGUAGAUGACAAUUCAGACUGUGAGAGCACAGGGGACGGGGAAUGGUUGGGUGAUUCGUGGGAGUAGAAAUCUGUAUACAGAGUGUAUACAGGAAGUGCAAGGUUUAUUAUAAUUAUUUUUGAUAAUUUAUUGAUUAAUAGUGACAUUUACUUAUCUGUUAAUAUAUCUAUUUAAAAUAUAUUGAUCUAUCAUUGUAAUCAAGAUUGACUAAACUUAUUAUGCAUAUUACAUACUGUUUUGAACCACUUUUGUUAAUAUAGCAGAAAAUGUGGAGAAUAUAUAGUUAAAGCUAUGGCAGGAGUUCUCUCCAAACAUAGUAAUUACUGCAAA